AUGGAUACAACCAAAAUAUUGCUGUGUAGGUAUGUAUCGCAGGUUCUUGUUGUGAGGAUAUCUGGUGGCAUUCGAUUGGAGCAUGCUUUAAGAAAGAUUUGUGAUAGAUGGAACAACUUAUGCAUUGGUAGUUUCUCAUUGUCAUAUGUGUUGGAUGGGAGUGAUUGUGAGCUUGACAAUGAAGAAUCUUUUGAUAAUAUGUUGUAUUUGUAUCCUACUACUGAUAGAAUAGAUGCUAAGGUUGAGGUGAUUAAAUAUUGUAGUGGACAAACGGUUGGAAGUAUUAGUAAUGGAGGAACACUUGGAAGUAUUAGUAAUGGAGUAGAAGUUGGUAGUUCUAGUGGUGCUGUCGCUGUUGUUAAAAGAGAAGAACCUUUGGAGGAAUUUUGUCGCCAUGCUGAAACUAGGUACUUGACAACGGGUUGGGCCAACUUGAUAUAUGAGGUUGGGCAAGUAUUUACUGGUGGUGUGAAGGAGUUUAGGGCAACUUUGCAGCGAUAUGCUAUUGAAAAUGGUUUUAUGUAUGAUCUUGUUAAAAAUGACAAGUAUCGUGUGACUGCAAAGUGUUCGAUUUCUAGCUGUGGAUGGUAUGUGCAUGCCAUUUUGGAUCGCUCAAGCAGAGAGUUUUGGAUUAAGAAACUGGUAAACGAGCAUGGUUGUGGUUCAACCUAUCGAACGAAUAAACAUAAACGGGUGACAUCUAGUUUAGUUGCUAGUGAGGUUACUAGUAUGGUUCAGAAAAAGAAUAACACAUCACCUAUGGAUCUGUUGGAUUUGUUUCUGGACAAGUACGGUUUGGAUUUAUCAUACCACCAUGCAUGGUUAGGAGUGGAAAAGGCUAGGGGGGAAAUAUUUGGAGACUAUGAAAGUUCAUUUGAUAAGUUGAGGUGGUACGUUGAAGCUGCCAAAAUUGCAAAUCCAGGGAGCUUAUUAAAGCUUGAAGUUGAUCCUGUCAGCAAGGAAUUCUCGAGGCUCUUUGUGUCGUUCAAUGCAUGUAUCACAGGGUUUAAUCAUUGUCAACCAUUCCUUUGCCUUGAUGGGACACAUCUCAAAGGCAGAUUCAAGGGGUGUCUUCUUGCUGCCACAGGAAAAGAUGCAGAUCAAGGUUUAUUUCCCCUGGCGUUUGCUAUUGUGAAUGCAGAAAAUGAUUGUAAUUGGUUGUGGUUUCUUCGGAUUUUAAAGACUAUCUUGUCUACACGGCCUAUUACUUUCAUUAGUGAUCGCAACCAUGGUCUCGUGAGUAACAUACCAACUGUUUCUCCUGAUUGUCAUCAUGCUUACUGUUUGUAUCAUCUUCAAUUCAAUUUGAAGGAUCACUUCCCUGGACGGUUUCGAAAGGGUUAUCGAAAUAGGUUGGUUAAAUUGUUUAAUGCUAUCGCUUAUGCUCCAUCGGUAUCAGCUUAUAUGAUAUGUGAGGCUAAGUUCUACGAGCAUGGGGGAGAUAAGGCCAAGACGUUUAUUGCAAGUGUUCCAAAACAACAUUGGACUAAUGCUUAUUUUCAAGGGCAUCGAUACGGAGAGAUGAGUUCUAGUGCUAUUGAGUCCUUCAAUAACUGGAUACUUGAUGCACGGCUUAUGCCGAUAAUGAGUUUAGUUGAAGAGUUGAGGUCCAAAAUUAUGAUUCAAAUGUCGCGUAGAAGAGAAGAAGCAUCGCGUUGGGUUUCUCAGAUUUGUCCAGACAUGGAUGCAAAGUUAGCUAAGAGGAUUGACAAGGGGAGGUCGUGGAGGGUUUAUAAAUCAAAAACCGGCUUGUAUGAGGUGAAAUCUGUACCUGCUGUUCUAGUAAAUCUUGAGGAAGGGACAUGUUCUUGUGGAGCCUGGCAAUACAAUGGUUUCUUAUGUGCUCAUGCCGCAACGGUGUUAGUCAAGACUUGUGGAGCGGAGGGAUCCUUGGCUGGUUACAUUGAUCCGUUUUAUCAUGUUGAGGCAUAUCGGCUCACAUAUCAAGAUAAUAUCCAUCCAAUUCUAGCUAUGGAUAUUCCUGACUUCACACAAGGAAGUACUCGGGUUAUCAAAGCUCCAAAAAAUAGGAGGCAAGCUGGAAGACCUUGCGUAAAGCGCAUUCGUUCUAGGGGUGAAGAACAAUCCUCUGCUAGGCCAAUGAAAUGUGCGAGGUGCCAUAAGCUUUCUCACCACAAUCGCAGGACAUGCAAAGGGGCUACGGAUGAUUGAUUCUUUACAUUUUUAAUAGUACAUUGUUUUGUUGGAAUUCAUAUCCAUUCAAGUAAAGAGACUACUUAAUUGUUCUUAGGUGCGGGACCAUUGCGAGGCACAACAAAAGGACUUGCAAGGAACCUCUUCUUAGUUGAUUCUUAGAAUGACACAUUAAAGUCUUUCUGCA